ACCCAGUCUGCCGCUGCCCUCGUGGGAAGACGAAUCACGAACACCACAAUCUCCAGACUCCGAUCCCCUCCCAAUCCGACCCCAACUCAACUAGUACUCAGCCAGGUUGCAUCCGCCGCCGCCCAAUCAUCCCUCGCCUUCGACCAAUCCUCCAUUCCCCUGCCUAUUGCCUCCACCCGCCGCUGCCCUGCCCGACCAUCGCGACCGCAUCUUCUCUCGCUCGCGCGUUCGGCACCACCGGCGGCCGCAUCGACAGGUGCAGGAAGACCGAGGUCGUUGUGCGAGGCUUCAGCCAUGGCGAGCGCGGAUCUGCUGCGGAGGGAGGAGGAGUUCUACUCUUCCCUCUUCGAUUCCGCUAAAGGCGAUGGCGUCAGGUCGCGCUCGCAGUUGAUUGAGAGGAAGAUUGAAGCCCUCGAGGACAUGGCCACCAAGGUCAGUAACAGGAGAUCUCGUAGAUGGUUGAAUGAUCGCCUGCUGAUUGAACUUGUCCCUCGUCUUCAUGUUGAAGAAAUCAAAGGCCUCUUUGCUCCUCCACCAUGGGGUGAGGAACUGCCCUUGUCAGCAUUCUGCAGGACAAGUGUUGGUGAAUGGGAUGCCUUCAGGAGCAUUGACAUGGAUACUGAGGCAAGAUUGAUGCAACACAUGAAAAGAUCAUCAGAGAAACAGAGGACUCAUGUGGAUGAAGAUGAAUUGGUAGCGCUGAAUGCUUGGCGUCGUAUAGAUCGCCAAACAAGAGAAGCUAUAAAGAGAAAUUUUCUUCCCGAUCUGCUUGAAAUAUAUGAAGAACGAGUUCGGACCUUCAUUGAAGAUACUAGUGAUAAAGAUGUGCUUGUGCUGAAUGUCCAGGACCCGUUUCAGAGGCUGCUUCUGCACGGUGUUUGUGAGUUCUAUAACGUAACCUCAACGACCUCGAGCAGCGUGAGAGAUGGGAAGCCGUGGAAGACAACCACCAUCAAGAAGAGGCAGGGCACAGGUGUUCCCUCCCGAAUCACAUUAGUUACCUUCCUGAGGACGAAGAAGAAUGGGUCCCAGUAACAUGUAGUUGCACGAGGACCUGAAGCUCCUGAGUCCUGCCCUCAGAUCUGCCUGGGUGUGUACCAAAGCAUGUUGGCCAAGAUGACAAAUUUGUUGCUUUAGGUUCCCUUUAGGAUGUAAGCAUAUGUAAAUUAUCCAUAUAUUUUCGCUUGAAUCUCAUUGCAAGUGAUGGGUCACUGGCAACCAUGCCCCCAUUUCGCAUCCUUGUGACAGCUGGUGGUGUUCUAACAGGCUGUACGAUUUGAAUCCGUGUCGUAAUUUCAGGUUCAGUUGGAAGGCUUGCACAGUCACGCUUAACAUUUAUUCAGAAGGUUCCCAGUACAUUUUAUGCCUUUGUUA